AUGGAAUAUAAUAGCAUAAAGAAUUUUGCAUGGUUAAAAUAUACAUCUCCUAAUAUAAAACGUGUAUAUCUAUCUAAUAAUUUAAUUAAUUCUGUGGAAAAAUUAGAUAAUUUGAAACAGUUAGAAAUAUUGGAUUCAUCGCAUAAUCGCCUUGGAGCACAGUAA